CACGCAGGCGCUCUCGACGAAGGGCUCAAGCUCUGGAGCUCAACUGUCACACGAGCUGUCCUUUAUUUUUGCAUGCGACUCGUCUCUAAUAUAUCAACAUAAUCAUGUUUUCAUCGACCUUUUGAAAAAUGUCGAGUAGGGGGUGUAUUUCCGCAAGUUUGUCAUUCACAAGAAGGUGAUUGCAUGCUACAAGUGCAGGAUGCGGUGGUGGUGUCCCAGCUCUCUUGUGCACCUGUUACGAUGCGUACUAUUGCGCUCAUGUCCCAGGAGAAGAGGAUGCCGGCUGCCUCUGUGGUUUACUAAAAGGCGGGCCUACUUGAAACUGCUGCUGCAGUCUCUUCUCUAUAACUCCCUCACAGACUCAGAUGUGGUUUUUGAUUCACUGUUUGAACCGAUGUUUUGGACAGUGGACUACUUGACGCGCUGGUUUGGCAUGGUGUUUGUUUUCCUGGUGGUACUACUGACCAGCUCGAUCCUAGUGAUAGCCUAUGUGGUCCUCCUGCCCCUCGUUCUCAACACAUAUUCCCCGCCCUGGAUCGCUUGGCACCUGUGUUACGGACACUGGAACCUAAUCAUGAUUGCUUUUCAUUACUACAAAGCCACCAAGACCUCCCCGGGAUACCCCCCUGUUGAAAAAAAUGACAUACCUUUUGUGUCAGUCUGCAAAAAAUGUGUUACUCCCAAACCAGCUAGAACACAUCACUGUGGUAUCUGCAACAGGUGCAUCCUAAAAAUGGACCAUCACUGUCCCUGGUUGAAUAACUGUGUAGGACAUUUUAACCACCGUUACUUCUUCUCCUUCUGCCUUUUCAUGACCUUAGGCUGUUUGUACUGCAGCAUCAGUGGCAGAAACCUCUUCAUGGAUGCCUAUAAUGCCCUGGAGCACUUUAAGCAUUUGGAAAUGGAAAAACCAGGGAUACCUGUAACAGGGAUGGGACCUCUUAUAGGGCUUCUUCCCACUGGUCAGACGGACUAUUUGACACCUGCGCCUCCUUACACUUUUAAGGAAAAGAUGAUAAAUAAGAGCAUCAUCUACAUGUGGGUGCUCACCAGCACAGUGGCAGUGGCCCUGGGAGCUCUGACCACUUGGCAUGCACUUCUCAUAUCCAGAGGUGAAACCAGCAUAGAAAAACACACCAACUCCAAAGAAAAGUGUCGAAUGGCAAAAAUGGGACAGGUGUACAAAAACCCAUUCAACUAUGGCAGGCUGCACAACUGGAAAGUCUUCUUUGGCGUGGAGAAGAAAAGUCACUGGGUAACGCGUGUCCUGCUCCCCUCUGCUCACUCCCCACUUGGCGAUGGCUUGACAUGGGAUGUCUUCCCCUUAAAGAAGGACCAAAUGUCAGUAUGAUGGGCAACCUACAGACUCUUUUGAAACUUUCAAACUGCUCCUGGCCAGGCUCCUUUCAAGAUUGAUCCCGAUGGGACUCAAGAAAUUGGGUGACAUCAACCUCCGAUACCUCAAAAACACCCCGCUCAAACUACAGAGUUGGAUAUUUUAUCAGCCACUGAUGGAAUUGAAACAAAUAAUUUAAGGGCGCUAUCUCCUUUCUCAACCCCAGCAAGUCCUUUAUUAGCCAGAACAACACAGUAAAAUGUUAUUUAUAUGUAUUUUGUAUCUGUUUAAGUUAAUAAACCUUGUUUAAAUAACUUCACAUUU